GUAGUGGAAAUCGCCCAAGGGACUUUAAAAAAGUGGAAAUAUCUAGAUCCUAAUCUGCGUCUUGACAGCGAACGAUAACCAAUCAUCUAGACCAAGAUACAGUUAGUCAUUACCUGUCAGUUACGAAGCAACCGAAAAUUCGGAGGUUUCUGAAGGCUGUUAACAGGUGUCAUCGAUGCCAUGUCUCUGUCCCAUGAAAGCAACCUGUCAAAGAUGGAAGACGACGACGGUAAAAGAGAGACUCGAAGGGCGAGAGGAACUGAUGACGAAAAUCUCACAAGAAAAUCUACGACCGAUGGACUUGUUAGUGAACAUGACGAAGCAAUUUCCGUAAACAGCGGUAAAGGGGGUAUACCCAUUGGAGAGUCUCGAAUUGCACUUGUGGAAGUCAUACACUCGACUGGCGCGCCGCCGACGGAAUGCUGGGGCACUCGUUAUUCACUGGGACUGAUGGGGCUUUUGGGAGCAGCCUGUGUCUACGCCAUGAGAGUGAACUUGUCGGUGGCCAUUGUGGCUAUGGUCAGACCGCAACCAAAGAACGACACCAACACGACCGAUGCAGACCAAGUCUGUUUACCUCCUGAAGGUCAAGAUGACCCCAGUCAGGAUGGACAGACCGGCGACUUUGAUUGGAGCGAGGCAACACAAGGAGUCAUCCUAAGCGUCUUCUAUUACGGAUAUCUCCUCACCAAUUUAGUUGGAGGGAGAGCAGCUGAAUACUUCGGAGGGAAGUUAGUAUUUGGUUGGGGGGUGGUACUCACUGCCAUCUUCACUGUUCUGUCUCCUCUCUGUGCCCAGGUCUCUACAGGACUUUUCAUCGCUGUCAGAAUAUGUGAGGGACUGGCAGAGGGCGUCAUCUUUCCCUCGAUGAAUGCUCUUCUUGCCAGAUGGAUUCCUCCCUUGGAACGACCGCGAUAUAGUUCUCUAGUCUUUGCAGGAGCUCAAUUCGGAACGAUCAUAACGAUGCCUGUAAGCGGAUGGCUCUGUGACACAGGCUUCCUUGGAGGCUGGCCGUCUGUAUUCUAUGUCUUUGGAGGAUUAGGGAUCAUCUGGGGCGUCGCCUGGUACUUCUUGGUCUACAGUCACCCAAAUAUCCAUCCAAGGAUAUCUCGGGAAGAAAAGGCUUAUAUAAACUACCACUGUGGUGCUCAUGCACAGAACGCAAUUCCCAUUCCGUGGAAGGCAAUCUUCACAUCGUUGCCUUUUUGGGCAACACUGGUUGCUCACGUCGGAUACAACUGGGGAUUCUAUACUCUCUUGUCUGAACUUCCAACUUACCUCAAAAAUAUUCAGCACUUCCAGAUGACUAGCAAUGGAAUAUACUCAGCAUUACCCUACCUAGUCAUGUGGAUUGUCUGUCUCGUAUACAGCAACAUCAUAAAUCACCUUCAAGGAAGAGGCAAAAUGUCAACAAUUUUUGUCAGAAGAUUGUCUAUGGGCAUUGGUAUGUAUGGGCCCAUGCUAGGACUUGUGGCUAUGUGCUUCGUGGACUGCGACCCAGUGUUGGCCAUGGUCUUCUUAUGUAUAGCGGUUGGAAUCUGUGGGCCAAUUUACAGUGGAUACAUGUGUUCCCACCAAGAUCUGUCGCCUAAUUUGGCGGGAACGCUGCUCGGUUUCACUAACGCGGCCGCUACUAUUCCUGGCAUCGUAGCGCCAUCCAUCACCGGCCUCAUUAUUAAUGGAAAUCAAACACUGUGGGCUUGGAGGACAGUAUUCCUGAUCUCAGCAGUGAUUUAUUUCGUUACCGGAACCUUCUACAUCACCUUCAUAUCGGCAGAGAUACAGCCGUGGAACACACCGCCAGAUGACAAGAAGGAAAAUGGGAAGAAGAGAUACUGAAGAUGGAAUAGAUAUAAGAAUGGAGAAAGCACUGUGUAUCUACAUAUAAAAGACAGUAAUCGUUACAAUUUAUUUAUUCUGCGCCACUGGUAAACAUUUCCCAUGAAUUUAAUGGAAUAUCAUCAUUAAAAGGACAUCUCCGACUUGGCAAUAGCGAUUUUUGAACAUUUUUAUUCUGAUUCACAUUGGAGAGGACGGGGCUGCGACUGUUUCUUUGAGAACCGCAAAAACUACAACGGUCGCAGCAACAUCUCGACUGCCUUGGAAGAGUCCAGAGUCCAACUCAGACACCCUAAAUACCCCCUACAUUUAUAGUAGUAGCUGGUUUACACCAGACUACCUUGUGUACUUUUUGAUCUGCGUCGCGGAUAGCUAUGUGUUAUGACGUUCUCUCUCUCCGUCUCUUUCUCUCUCGAUUGAUCUAGGAAGAUAUUCUCUGAACUCUAUAUUCAUAUUCCUCAAGUUGGUUGGAGGGUAAGUCGUGGAAACACGGAGUAGCAAAACAGACUUAUAUUCUCAAAAGUUACAUCUUGAGAUAGCUCUGCAGGGAAGGCUUGACUAUCUAUGCCAGACGAUAGGAGAAGAGGAAGUGAGUGUUACAAAUUGAUAUACAAAUCCAUAGGCGAGCAAACCUAACAAAAGAUACAUGUAUACGAACGAACAUAACUUAUCUAGGCUAAGAAACGUCAACCCAUGAGAACUGAAGUAGGUUUCCCAUGGAAUUAGGUUUUAGAUGUGUGUCUUCUAUUUAUGCCUAGCUAAGGGUCACACGCAUCCUGGGCUGUGGUUUUUGGCAGGCUUUCCUGUAUCACCCCUGACCUGGUUACGUUCUGUUUUUAAGUAAUGUUCUCACAUUACUUUUAUUAUGUAAUUAUUCAUUACAUUAUCGUUCGGUCACGAUAACAAAAUCAAAUAUAUAAGAACAGUCAGGUCGGAAAGAUACCUUGCCACAAGAUGUGUGCGAGUGUUAUUUCAGAUAUAGAUAACACAAAGUUAGGGUAAAUAUUAAACUAAUUAAAACAUGAUUAUAAGGUAAAUAUGAAUGGUAUAUAUGCUAAGAAAAA